AACCUUUGAGUUAGGGCAGUUCAAAGAACCCUGGAUGGUUGUAAGAUGAGGGUUUACCAGCAGGGAAACCCCUCAUUACUUCAGUCUAAAAUUUGUCGACUCUCCAGCUGUUUUCCUAGUUUUGUGUAUACCAUUGUUUAGGAUCAGGUAGCCAGGAACCUCGUCGAGGGUUGAAAAGUGCCCAAAGUCUGGUGGUCCGUGCAAAUGCAUUUCAAACUCGUCCCCUGACUGGCUUCAAUCAAUUUUAGGCUCAGUUGCUCGCCAGCAUCAGGUUCACAAUGACCUCCUCCGAUUCCACGCUAUACUUCACCGCCGUCGAGGAUAUGUUCAAGGAAGUGUUAACAAUAGACGGCGAGGACGAGGUUCCUGAGAACGAAGGGGCAUCUGAAACUCCGAAGCGCUGUGUGCGAUUACGACAGCAAAAGUUGUUCGCGAAUGACACCAGUAGUUUUGUAAUAAGUCGCCGAUCCCCGAGGAUUGAAUCUAAACUCAAUCUGAAAGUGAAUAUAUCGCCCGGUAGGCUACGGGAGCUUCGUGGUGAGGAGGUCCUGCGGAUGCGCAAGGAUCGAGCGGAAAAAGAGCGCCUGAAGCCUCAGAGACGUCUCACCUUGAGGAUUUAA